AUGAAGUUCCUGUUAUUAAUUGCCGCUGUCUUCGCUUUGGCCGUUGCCGGCCCCACAAAACGGGAUUUAGUCCAACCUGUCGCCGCUGGUCCUGCACCUGUCAUCGACUUGGAUCAACUGGAACCCAUUGCUAUUGGCCCCGCCGUCAUCGACAACUUUGAACCUAUCGCCAUUGGACCUGCUCUCGUUGACGAUUUCGAGCCCGUUGCUAUUGGACCAGCUAUCGUGAAUCCCGCUCCGGUUAGCCCCUCUGCCAGCGCUCCUCUGGUUCAAAUCGUCCUGAACAUUAAAUCGACUUCUGAUGUUGCAGGAUCUCCCGUUGCAAUUGAUACUAUCCCCUACCCCGAACCCACUCCCGUCCAGGUGAUUGAUGAAGCCGUUAUCCCUGACCCAGUUAUUGUCGUAGACAAGCCCAUUGUCCCUGAACCCGUUAUCGUUGUGGACAACCCUAUUAUUCCUGAGCCCGUCACAGUCAUUGAAGAAGCGGCAGCUCCUGAAGGUGUUAUCGUCGCUGCACCCAUAAUCCCCGCUCCUGCUAUUGUACUUCCUGAAAUCUUAAACUAA